AGUUUGCAAUAAAUAAAUACUGUUGAACUUAGUAGAUUAUUUGGCGUCUUUACCUCAAGCUUAGAGGUUGGAACUGUCUUGUGUUUUGUGGUUUAGUGAAACUUUGUGUACCUAAUUGCAAGAAAUUAAAAAGGAACUUUCAAUUUAAAUCAAAAGAAAAGAAAGCACCAAAUAGCUGAGUUCUAAAGAAUCAUGCGACUCGCAUUGAUUUUUGCAAUUUUCGGCUUGGCAAUUCCAGCCUUGGCCACAAAACCUCCUCGCUGGGAUGCCAAUUACAUCGUGAAGGGAACUUUAUACAUACCCUAUGCCGAAAUAGCCGAACCUUUCUAUGCCUGGUAUGAUAAAAACACCAAUCGUUCUCGUAUCGAUUACUAUGGAGGUAUGGUGAAAACCUAUCAGUUGGCCAAUGAACAUCCCUAUGGUACAUCAUUGAAACUGGCACCAAUUACGACACGCGAGGAGCUCAAUAAAGUCACUUGCUUGCAAUUAAAUGGCACUGCAGAAAGUCCGGUUGAGAUUCAAUCGAUACUGCCAUAUGUAAAGGAUUUCACUUUGAUGGGCACAGAGACAUUUUUGGGUUUUACUUGUGACAAAUUCCGUUUGGAGGAAACCAUUGGUCAAAAGAAAAAUGUUUACACAUUGUGGGUGCGCUAUAAGAAAUCUCCCCAUUAUCCAGCUUCAAGAAUGCCAAUUCCAGUUCGUUACGAAAUGAGAGGCUACAACACUUUGUUGGGUUCACAUUAUGACCAUUACUAUUUGGACUAUGACAGCUAUGAUCAUGAUGAUAUUCCCAAUGAGGUUUUUGAGCUUGAAGAUGGAAUGGAAUGUAUGGCUUUCCCAGGUCCAGGCAAGGGCCAUUAUGCCACUUUUAAUCCCAUGCAAGAAUUUGUGCAUCCCUCAAUAAAUCAUCAUGUUGAUCAUGCCUUUGAAGAAUUCAAAAAUAAACAUAAUGUGGAUUAUCGCACAGAAAAUGAGCACGAGUACCGUAAGAAUGUCUUUAGGCAAAAUUUGAGAUUUAUUCAUUCAAAGAAUCGUGCGAAAUUGAGCUAUACCUUGGCUAUAAAUCAUUUGGCCGAUAAGACAGAUGAAGAAUUGAAAUCACGAAGAGGCUUCCGAUCUUCGGGUGUAUACAAUACUGGUAAGCCCUUUCCUUAUAAAAAGGAAAAGCUAAGGGAUAAUUUGCCGGAGCAAUAUGACUGGCGUAUUUAUGGAGCGGUGACCCCAGUAAAAGAUCAAUCUGUUUGCGGUUCUUGCUGGUCCUUUGGCACCAUUGGUCACAUUGAGGGAGCCUAUUUCCUCAAGAAUGGCGGUAAUUUGGUUAGACUUUCUCAACAGGCCUUGAUAGAUUGCUCGUGGCAAUAUGGCAACAAUGGCUGUGAUGGCGGCGAAGACUUCCGUGCUUAUCAAUGGAUGAUGGAGAUGGGUGGCAUACCCACAGAAGAGGAAUAUGGUCCCUAUUUGGGUCAGGAUGGCUAUUGUCAUGCCAAAAAUGUCUCACUUGUAGCACCCAUUACGGGUUUUGUAAAUGUAACCGCCAAUGAUCCUGAUGCAUUUAAAAUUGCUCUGCUGAAGCAUGGUCCCCUGUCGGUAGCCAUUGAUGCCUCACCCAAAACCUUUAGUUUCUACUCCCAUGGUGUUUACUAUGAACCCACCUGCAAGAAUGGGCUUGAUGAAUUGGAUCAUGCUGUAUUGGCGGUGGGCUAUGGCUCCAUUAAUGGUGAAGACUAUUGGCUGGUAAAGAACUCAUGGUCCACCUAUUGGGGCAAUGAUGGAUAUAUACUAAUGUCGGCGCGUAAAAAUAACUGCGGUGUCAUGACUAUGCCCACGUAUGUGGAAAUGUAAAUCUUAAGAAUGUAAAAGAUAGUUGCCAACCACUUCACUCGGAGACCUCUGGUCCAUUGUGUUCGUCCUAAGUAUGAAGUUAUAAAUCAGUUGAUCAUUUUGUGCAAAAAAUGCCGGCAUUUUAAUUUCUUUUUUUAUAGACUCAAGUAAUAUGAUAAUGAUUUAUUUGUUUAUAUAUACAUAUGUAAGUUUGUCUAUUAUGAUAUAUGCGAUUAUAUUUUUUAUAUAAAUAAAAUGUAUAAAUAUAAAAAGAAAA